AUGGCGAACACAGAUGUUGAAGAUGAGACAGAGAAUGACGAUGAUAGUGGGAACUGCUUGACUGAUGGAGGUGGGGAUGAAGAGACCGAGCCCAGUGAGGAGGUGUCAGUAGAUGAUGUUGAAAGCAGACUUAAGGGGUCAGCAGAUUUUUGGUGGGAAGCGAAGCAGAAAACCAUGACCCCAGAACAGAUGGCUGCUCUAACUUGGGAGCAAUUUAAGAUAGCUCUGUAUGAAAAAUAUGUACCGCGAAGUUAUCGGAAGAAGAAGGAGAUGGAAUUUGUAAAUCUGAGACAAGGAAACAAAAUAGUAGCUGAGUACGAUCGUUUGUUUUGUGAUUUGGCUCGAUAUGCACCAUAUCGAGUAGAUACAGACGAGAAGAUAUCAGAGCUGUUUUGCUCUGGACUAAAGCAAGAGAUACGAGUUGUCCUGGCGAGUCAGAGUGCGCUGUCAUAUGCUGAAGCAUUAAAUCGAGCACUGGAUAUGGAACUGCAAAGUGGAAGCGGAGGGCGACCAAAUCAGUUCCAGCCACAACUUAAGGCUAUGGAGGGACAUCUACCGUUACCGCCGCCACAGCGCCAACAGCAAGCUUACCGACCACAUCAGUCGGGAAGACGACCACUAGCUCCGCAAGCAAAUCAGCAGCAUCAUCAGAGAGUGUUUGCCAUUAAUCAGAAAGCGAAGGAUGAGAAUCAGGGAAAUUUAGCAGGUAUGGGCGAGUUAGAAGGAGUAACCAUAGUAAUAUUGUUCGAUACUGGAGCAUCGCAUUCUUUUAUCUCCAUUCCGUGUGUGGAUACAUUGGAACUGAACGUAGAACCUACUCCGCAACAUCUAAAGAGUGAGGAAUCCAAGGCAAACAUAGACGACGUGCCAGUCGUGCGGGAGUACAAAGAUGUUUUUCCUGAAGCUUUGCCAGGAUUACCACCAGAUCGACAACUUGAGUUUACGAUCGACCUUGAGCUCGAAACCGCACCGAUGUCAAAAGCACCUUAUAGGAUGGCACCGGCAGAGUUACAAGAGUUGAAGGUGCAACUACAAGAAUUAUUGGACAUGGGUUUCAUUCGACCCAGUAUUUCCCCGUUGGGAGCACCAGUUCUUUUUGUCAAGAAAAAAAAUACAGCUUGA